AUGACGCCCGGCUCCCCAGACGAGCUCGCCUCCCCCGCAUCCAGUCCUCCCUCCUCGCCCCCCUCAGCCGCCGACGAUGCCUACGACCCCAAGGUCGAAAGGAUGCGCGAGGAAGAAGAAAGAUUGCGAAAGCAGAGCAAACGCGAAGAGAGGGAGCGGAAAGCGGUCGAGGAAGAGAGGUGGCAGAAGGACGGGCAGGAUCCGAGCUAUAUGAAAGAUCUGGAUUGGUUUCUGAGCCGGAGUCAGGGGUUCUCGUCUACGGUGAUGGAUCAAUUGAAGCAAGCUCUUGAGGCAAGGAAGGUCGGGACAUCCGCGCAGCCGAAACUGGUCUCGGGUGGGAAAAUGAGGGACUAUCAGCUCGAGGGGCUGACGUGGUUGACAUGCCUUUAUCAGAUCGGACUGAACGGGAUCUUAGCUGACGAAAUGGGUCUUGGGAAGACGAUCCAGCUUAUCUCGUUCCUGGCUUUUCUACGGGAGAAUGGGACGAAUGGGCCGUUCUUGAUCUUGGGGCCAUUGAGCACAGUGAACAAUUGGGUCAAGGAGUUUGGGUUCUGGACCCCGGAUAUUCCUGUCGUGAUGUAUCAUGGAACACCGCAAGGGCGAGGACAGAUAAGACGGCAGCAGCUAAAGGGUGAUUCAAAGGGGGCGAGGUUCCCCGUUGUUUGCACGAGUUAUGAGAUUUGUAUGCGGGAUAAGAAAUUUCUUGCGAAUUAUCCCUGGAAAUUCAUCGUCGUGGAUGAGGGCCACCGAUUGAAAAACUUCAAUUGCAAGCUUGUCAAAGAGCUCAAGCAAUACCCAUCAGAAAGCCGGCUCAUUCUGACCGGAACCCCUCUCCAGAACAAUCUGACAGAGCUGUGGUCGCUACUGAACUUUCUCCUACCGGAGGCUUUCUCCGAUCUCGAACACUUCGAGAGCAUGUUUGACUUCUCUGACGUGCAAGACAAAGAUGGGCACAAGCAAUUUAUGUCGAAAGAGCGGCAGAAAAGGACCGUGGCGUCACUCCAUGCAAUUCUCAAGCCGUUCCUGCUGCGCAGAGUGAAGAACGACGUGGAGACAAAUCUGCCAAAGAAGCGGGAAUACAUCCUGUAUGCACCAAUGACUCCAGCUCAGAAAGAACUGUACCGCAAAAUCAAAGACAACGACAUCCGGGCUUACCUCGAAGAGAAAGCCAUUGAGAGGAUUGGUGUGAAGCUCGAGGACUCGAGAGUCAGUGAAAUGAAGGGCAAGAAACGCAAGAGCGGAAGUGGAACAUCUACGCCGAACAAGAGCGCCAAGUCAUCGAGAGGCUCGACACCAGCGAGCAGUAUCAGAUCCGGGCGCAGUAGUAGGCGUCAGAACUAUGCUGAAGUGAGCGACAGUGAGUAUUUCAAGCAAAUUGAGCAGAGCAGUGAGAGCGAAGAGGUAGACGAGGAAGAGCUAGAGAAGCGUGACCGGGACUUGACCCUCGCGCAAGCGAGGAAAGAAGUCAGCCAGAAGAAGCUCCAGAAUCCCGUCAUGCAGCUUCGCUUGGCCUGCAACAGCCCUCAUCACUUCUCCUGGCCAUGGGCAGCAGACGCUGACCCAGACGAAACCUUGGUCACCGAGUCCGGUAAAAUGGUCAUGCUCGACCGACUAGUUCCCUACUUGUUUGCCAAAGGCCACAAGAUUAUCCUCUUCUCCCAAUUCUCCAAACAGCUCGACAUUCUCGAAGAAUGGGCCACGACCCUACGUGGCUGGCCUGUCUGCCGCAUCGAUGGAGCUGUCAAGGCUGAAGACCGCGCCGAGCAGAUCGAAGCGUUCAACGCUGAGCCUGAUCAUAAGCUCUUCCUUCUCAGUACGCGCGCGGGAGGGCAGGGUAUCAAUCUGACAUCGGCGGAUACGGUCAUUCUUUUUGAUAGUGAUUGGAACCCUCAACAGGACUUGCAAGCACAAGACAGGGCCCAUCGCAUCGGGCAGACCAGACCGGUCAUCAUCUACCGCCUCGCGACAAAAGGAACCGUCGAGCAAACUCUGUUGGAAAAGGCAGACGGCAAGCGGCGCCUUGAAAAGCUGGUCAUCCAGAAGGACAAGUUCAAAAGCAUUCUGGACCGCAAGCCUAAUAAAAAGGGAGAAGACGAAUACACCGAAUUGCAGCAGAUUCUAGCCAACGAGGACUUCGAGAAUUAUGAUCCUGGCGAGGGGGUGGACAUUUUGAGUGAUGCCGACCUGAAAUUGCUGACUGACAGGAGUGAGGCGGCGUAUGUGAGGGCUGAGAAGGGCGAAGGCAGUGGAGACAAGUUCAGGACCAUUGAGACGAAGGCGGACGGGCAGGAUCUAUUGGGUAACUUGGGGAAGUGA